AUGUCCGGGAAAACAGAGAAAAAGAACCACAAAGCCAAAAUGCUCUGGGUUUCCCACGAUUUCGAUCCACUUAUUCAAGAGCUGGAGCAACACCCUUUUCCGCCGGCAAGCAAACCUUUAGGCCAGGUCCUGAGCACAGCUGCACGACAAGCAAGCCACACACUCUUGAAGCCAUUGAAUGGAUGUGCCCACCCAAUACCAAUUGGUGCAUCAGAUUAUCAUCUCUACCUGCGCAGAACUGGGAAGAAAUCCGAAGAGCUGGUCCAGGCACUGUUCGAACUUCUGGCCAAUCCCGAGGCAAACCACACGAUCCAGUUCAUCGUCCGCACGAACAUCCAGGUGCUCCGCAAACUGCAACAAGAAGUGUGUCAUGAUCGAUGGAAAGUCGUGAAGAAGAAGACAAUCGAUGUCAUCCACUUGGAUUCUGAUAGCGAAGGAGAAGACGGCAAACCUCACGUUGAAACACUUGUUCAAGAAAUCCUUUAUACAUCGGAAGAACAGAAGAACUGGGCUGCCAUUUUGGAUUUUGAGGUCAAGAUAUCAGAGAUUGCUCUGCAACGGCUACGCAUCGCAAACGAGGCUUCGGAGCUGGUUCGAAAAGAAAAGACUUGGAGCAUCAGCGAGGAGGAGGGUGAGCGGUUGGAGGCUCAGUUCAUCGACUUCCAAAGCUGGCGAGCUAUCAUGAUUAGGUGGGUAUUACGGGUGAAUAGGAUGACUGGUAACCGCGAUUUUCUGCGGCGCCACCGGAACGAGCUUUGGGAUAUCGUGGACAACAACUUGGAUGGCUGA